UAUGGUGAUCAGGGAGAGACAACAAUCAGCGAGAGCUAAACAUCUCAUUCUGCUCCAACCCAUCAUUGGAAGAAUGAACUCUUACUUAGAAUACAUUCCCAGUUCAGACGUCCUGACCUUCUCGCCAAAGUUUUGUCACAGUAAUUCUCCAGGAGCCUCCCUGCAGCAGUGCUCCGGACAAGGUCGCUAUGUUUCAAAUGAAGCGGUAGGUGAUCCAUCUCCCAGUCAUUAUCACCUUCAUCGGCCGGUGCCUGCUACUCUCGAACUUUCUUACGACUCCUCUCCAUCCGUAGAUAUUAACUUCUUACCUCAGAGCAUUACCGGCUAUGACUUUCCGUUUGCUGCUAACCAGGAGCAGGAUGACACUGGGGAACUGAUCCCAUACACCACCUCUGUUUACUCAGGAAGCGCGUCUUUUCCGCUCACUGCGCGCCAGCACCAGUACAACAAUCACUUUGGCGAGCAGCAACAAUACCAAACCUCUGGCAAGGAAUUCCCAAACUUCUACCCCGGGCAUUAUCAGAGCCUGUCGACGUGUCAGGGCGUUUACCAAAGGUCGGAGUCUCCCACAUCACAGAAACUCAUCACAGCAAAUACCUUCGAGUGGAUGAAAGUGAAGCGAAAUCCUCCUAAAACAGCGAAAACAAGUGACUAUGGAGUCCCCAGCCCUCCAAGCACAGCGCGUACAAAUUUCACCACCAAACAGUUGACGGAACUGGAGAAGGAAUUCCAUUUUAACAAAUAUUUAACACGAGCUAGACGUGUGGAAAUAGCUAACGCAUUACAACUCAGUGAAACCCAGGUGAAGAUCUGGUUCCAGAACAGGAGGAUGAAACAAAAGAAAAGGGAGAGAGAAGGCCUCCUUGGCAAUUUGGCUCCUGUGAACUAUUGUCAGGAUUCACCGUCCACAGAAAGUUCGGAUAAAUCGGACACUACCUCGCCUUUACCUUCCCCAUCAACAAAGAGCUCGUCAGAAAAUCCAAACUUUGUUGAACUGAAGUAACUGUUUUGCGGCCUUAACUUUCAACGCAUUGUUGGCCGAAAAUACUGGAAUCAUUUAGCACAUGACCAAAGCGUUCACCUUUAUCCUAUCAAGUUACCGACAGGCGAUGCAGACUCGAUGAUUUGCAUAUAUUGGUUUGAGAUGAUUUUAAACUCUGUAAAAUAUUGAAAUAGACUCAAAGGCUUUCGCCAUUUUGACCUGCAAUGUUUAUCCAUAAAUACUAUUAACAGUGAAGUGCAAAGGCGAAACAAAAUGUAUCACCUCAGCUAGUGUGAAAAGAGUAUCUUUUCUUAACACGUUUGCACAGGCAGUGACUCAACCUUUGUAAAUAAAGUCUCAACAACAACAAGCUGCCACAACUUACCAGGUUUUUGCUAUGAACUUCCUUGCUGAGACUGUUACUUGCAUAAAGGAAAUUGUUUACAUAUUUCUGUAUUUUUUAUUGAUUUAUGUGUGAUGACAUUGACGAAUGUAACGUAGCAUGUUCGACAUAACUCCUCAAUGAGUGGAGUUUGCACAAUUUUGCCUCAGGUUGAAAGGUUGCAGUUGCUGCUAUGUAACACUGUGCCUAUCUAGCAUUAUUUCAUUAGUAAAUAUGUUACUUGGCUACACUACCUCUGUGAUACUUAUCACUGUAUUUUA